AUGGCAUUCUCUUCAGUCAUCUUCUCCGCUUUUACCAACGUGUACAUCUGUCUGCCACUUCUCGUGGUGGCCUACGUGGCGUACACAAGAUACUUCACGGGACUCUCGCACAUCCCAGGUCCAGGCAUUGCCAGUAUCAGCAAUUUUUGGAAGAUCAAUGCGGCAUGGCACCAAGACAUGCCAAAGCGGAACAUCGCCCUUCAUCGGGAACACGGCCCUCUGGUCAGGAUCGGGCCGAACAUGAUCUCGGUGGAUGACCCGGCCGCUCUUCCAAUCAUCUACGGCUUCAAGCCGAUCUUCACGAAGACGGCCUUCUACCCCAUCGUCGAGGCGCUGUACAAAGGCAAGCUGGUAGCAAACCUCUUCACCACCCGCUCGGAGAAGUACCACGCGCACCUGAAGCGGUCCUCCGUCAACGCGUACUCAAUGACGGCACUGGGCGACCUCGAGCCGCAAGUGCAGCCCGUCAUCGACCUCUUCCUGCAAAAGAUCCACGACGUCGGCGCCGGCGGCACCAAGCCCUUCGACAUCGGCACGUGGGCGCAGUACUUCGCCUUCGACGCCCUCGGCCAGAUCAACUUCUCCGAAGACCUCGGCUUCCUGCGCACCGGCACCGACGUCGGCAACAGCAUCGGCACCAUCGACGGGCUGCUCGCGUACCUCUCCAUCAUCGGCCAAGCGCCGUGGCUGCACAAGCUGCUGCUCGGCAACCCGCUCGUGCACCGCCUCCUCCCGCUCGAAAGCAGCAACCAGGUGCAGAACUUCGCCGUGGAGAUGAUCACCAAGCGCAUGGCCAGCAUCGAAAACGACGACAAGCCGCUACAGCGCGACAUGCUCGCCCGCCUGCUCGAAGUCUCAUCCCAGGACGACGCCAAGCUCAGUCUGACCGAAAUCAUCGGCCUGACCACGACCAACCUCAUCGCCGGCUCCGACAGCACCGCCAUCGGCCUGCGCGCCAUCCUGUACUUUCUAUGCCGCAGCCCCGCCGCCUACGGCAAGCUGCAGCGGGAGAUCGACGAAGCUUUCGCGGCUGGUGAGCUCGAGGCGCCCACGCCGCGCUAUGCCGAUGCCGCGAAGCUGCCGUACUUGCAGGCCGUCGUGACCGAGGCCCUGCGCGCUCACGCGGCAACGGGGUUCGUGCUAGAGCGCGAGGUGCCGGCGGGCGGCGCAGAGAUUGCGGGCCAGGCUAUUCCUGGGGGCACGAUUGUCGGGAUCAAUUCGUGGGUCAUGCACGCGAAUAAGGAGGUGUAUGGCGAGGAUGCUGAGGCGUUCCGGCCUGAGCGCUGGUUUGAAGAUGACCAGCGUGUGCGUGAGAUGAAGCGCUGCAACAUGUCGUUCGGCGCCGGUCCCCGCGUGUGCAUCGGCCGGAAUAUCUCCAUGAUGGAGAUCAUCAAGUUCAUCCCGGCCCUGAUGCGCCGCUUUGACUUCAAGUUGGCGAAUCCGGAGCAGGAGUGGGAAGUCUUGGGCCACUGGUUCACGAAGCAGACGAACCUUGAUAUGAUUUUCACUCCGCGUGUUUGA